AUGUCUUCAUCUUCGUCUUCGUCGUCACAACACAGUGACGGAGGAGAUGGUGGAAAUGGUAGAAGAGGCGGCGGCGAUUUCGAAGGUCCCUCGUCUUCUCGCCGUCGCUCCGUCAACGGCGUUUGGCCUGAGCCUUUCGUCGAAGCUCUCGCUUCUCAGGUCGCCAUUGACGCUUCUCUCUCCUCCGGCCGCCUCGCCUCCGCCCCCGCCCUCGUCAACCUCUUCCAGGUAUGUUCAACAUGGCGGGCUGUGUCGCGGUCCGACCUCCUCUGGCAGAACCUCACCCGCCGUAUCUGGAACCGGCACCACCGUCUCCUCCACCACCUCACGUGGCGGGAUGAAUUCAUCUUCCGCCACCGCACCGCCCUCAACUUCACCCACGCUCGCUACAUUUACUCCACUCUCCACUUCAACCCGGCCAUCGACCACAUCAACAACAAUGACGACGGUCUCUCCUGCCGCCGCCUCGCUCUCUCCGACCGCUACCUUGCGGCCGGGUACUCUGAUGGGUCCGUGCGCAUCUUCCACCUCCCAUUUGGGCUCCACCUCUUCACUUUCUUCCCUCUCCAGCGCGACCGCCUCGGCCAAUUCUCACCUGCGGUGUCUGGGAUUAUUCUAUCUGAUACGCACAUCAUAUUUGCGUCGCUUGAUGGAGAUAUUCAUGUUUCACUCACCAACAAUGCUGUUCCGACCAGGAGGAGCCAUUUGGGUGAUGUUGUGAACGAUGGAGCUUUGGUUGACUUCACCGGCUGUAAUCGGUGGUGGGUCGGCCUUUAUGCAGGUGUCCCAGGGCGUGCCUUUCACGUGUGGAAUGGCGACACAGAAGAGCUCGUUUUCGUCGGGGGUUCACUGACCGACCCAGAAGCCGUAAUGGGUUGGCACUUACUCACCGAGUUGACCGGGUUCGUCGGCCGAGUCCGACUCACGAGUCACGAAUCGGCCGUGGCCUCCACGAGUCUCCGAGUCAUCGUCUUCGAUCUCAGAACCCAAGUCAUCGUCUUGGGCGAGGAAUUCCGCCGAGGAAUCAUCGUCGGCACCGUUGACGCCAACGACGAGGCGCUCUUUAUCGUCGACAACCGCGGCUCCGCUAGCGUGCGCAGGGUGGACACGUUAGACGAGGUGUGUAGGUUUAGGGUGAGGGGUGUUUCGACGGCGCAGGGGGGUCUGUUGGGGUGCAUGAACUUGGGGUACGCGCUAAUAUGCGCCGGGGGUGUGAUUAGUGUGUGGGAGGUAGACCGUGGUGCGCAUUUGUAUAAUCUUGGAGAGAGAAUUGGGGAGACUAGUGCCAUGGUUGCUGAUGAUAGAUACGUGGCAGCCUCUACGAGUGACACGACUAUACACCUUUGGGACUUUGGAGCUCAAUAGCCAUAGCUAUAUACACAGAAUUCGGGCAUAAAAAUAUAUUUAGAGGAAUUAUUGUAUGGUUUAGAUUCAUUUUAAGUGUGAUCUAAGGUCAUACGGUAUUUCUCUAAAUUUGUAUUUGAUUCAU